UAUCUUUACACUCUUUGGAGCAGAGAGCAGAACGUGUGUAAGGCAGGGUUGUAAAAUAGGAAUGUGUAAGGCUCCUCUUACAACAGGCCAAGUAAGUGGCUGAGCCCCCAAAAAGUUUGCACACCCGCACUAAUGUUCGUCCCUAAAUAGGCAAUAAAGUGUUUACCACAUGUUUGGAAGAAGCAUGUGCUUCAUUCAGCCUACUCUCCCACUCGGCUUUGCAUACAGACCGUCACUUCAUUCAGAGGAGUCAAAAUGAUUCAGUCACAGUACUUUUCAGAAAUCAAUGACGAGGACUUUAGAGAUAUCGUAAUCACAGAUGUCGAUUUUGGCGUGAUAGAUGACAGAGGCGUUGCAUAUAACAAUCAAAAUCCAGCAGUCUUUACAGGGGUUAUUGAAAUUGAGGAGGUAAUGUCUGAAGAAAGACCACGGGCCAACGGGCAGCCAAUUGUGCUGCGAGACGUCCCCACCGUCACGAUUGAAACAGAAUUUAGGCAGCCGGUACAGCAUAUGCAGUCAAGAGAUGAAAACGCUGGGCACCCCUCGGCUACCCUACAAAUGACUGCCGAGAUUGAGCCUGCAGCAUCCACAGAAAACGGUCAGGAGCCUAUCCAGGCCCUCGCUGAUUCAGAAGAAGAAGCAGAAGAAGCAGAAGUAGAUGGUGUAGUGGUUCUGAAAGCAGUUGAAGAUGGCAAUGAAGUGGAACUUAAUCUUUCUGAAAUCCUUGCCCUCGAAAGAGCAUCUGAGCAGCAGCGGGAAAUAGUUGAACAGAACAUUACAGAGACCAUCUCUCUGCAAACUCAAACUCAGGACGCGGAGAUUGAACCUGAACCUGUGCGCCAGGACCCCACGGUCCCACUACCUCAUGAUAUCUGCCCAAUGACAGGGAUCGCCUUUGAGGAAAUGCAUUCGGCUAGCCAGGAGAAGCUGCAUCAGUUGAGGUCCACGCAUGGACUGCAUACAGAGGUGAUGACGGAGCAUGCGUGGACUCUGAUGAAAAAAACACACGCGGGGGUGCGAGAGUUUAUGAAGAAAUAUGAUCCACCUGAACCUCUGGCUCCUCGAGCCGCACUGUACGGGGGGCGGACCAGCGCGCUGAGGCUACGGUCUGGUAAGACGCCGAGGUAUCGUCUGGUGUUGUGA